AAUAUCAAUUGUUAAAAAUCUUUAAUUUUAUUUGUUUAAUUUAUUUAUUGCCUUCUCUGCCAUGUCAACGGCGGGGGAGAUGGAGCAAUUGACAUCGGGAGCGAGCAAUCGCAUAAUCCCGAUCAUAAGAACGCUAAGAACACCGCUCGUUUUCCUUCAAUCAGCAAUCUUGUACCUCCUCCUCCUCCUCUUCCCUCGUCGCCGCCAUCGUCAGACGGCGGUUGAAGAUGCGGUCGAGGCGCCUCAAUUGCCGGAUAAAACCGCGAGGCGGAGGUCUGUAUGGAGGCGGGAAGAGGAGGACACCAUGACAAGGAGAGCCUUAGCAGAGGGGUGGGACAUGGGGUUCCAAAACGACAACGGAGAGAUUAGGUGUCGUUGGAGCACGUCCCUGUUUCUUGGGGUUCGAAGAAACGCCUUGUUUUGCCGCUCCUGGCUCCCCGCCGUCGAUGAAUUGAAGAGAAUUUUGAUCAUCAUACAUGGUCUGAAUGAGCACAGUGGAAGAUAUGCUAAAUUUGCAAAACAACUAACUUCUUGCCACUAUGGUGUAUAUGCUAUGGACUGGAUAGGCCAUGGUGGCAGUGAUGGAUUGCAUGGAUACGUUCCUUCACUUGAUCAUGUUGUUGCAGAUACAGGGUUUUUCUUGGAAAAGAUAAAAGCAGAGAACCCAGGUGUACCUUGCUUCCUUUUUGGUCACUCAACUGGUGGAGCUGUGGUUUUAAAGGCAGCUUCAUAUCCACAUAUUGAAGAAAUGGUGGAGGGAAUUGUGCUGACAUCUCCAGCUUUGCGUGUUAGGCCAGCACACCCAAUCGUUAAGGCUGUUGCUCCCCUAUUUUCUCUGGUUGUUCCCAAGCUCCAGUUCAAAGGUGCAAACAAGAGGGGUAUCCCGGUCUCGAGGGACCCCGCGGCACUAUUGGCCAAGUACUCCGAUCCCUUGGUCUACACCGGUCCUAUAAGGGUCCGAACGGGGCACGAAAUACUAUGUAUUUCGUCGCACUUGACGCGAAACUUCAAGUCUGUUACCGUCCCGUUCUUUGUUCUGCAUGGAACCGCGGACAAAGUCACCGAUCCACUCGCCUCCCAGGAUUUAUACAACGAGGCAGCCUCUAAGUUCAAAGACAUAAGGCUCUACGAUGGCUUCUUACAUGACCUUCUGUUUGAGCCGGAAUGUGAGGAGAUAGGGCAGGACAUAAUCGACUGGAUGGAGAAGAGAUUAGAUGCUGGAGAUUAAAAGAUUGAUUUUAAUCAUCUUGCAGGAUAGAUUUAAGUUUUUUUAUUUUUUU